GCGGCGCGGCACCGUGUAUAGACGAUCUUCGCAGCAGUCGUUGAGUCCAGAUCACGCCAGAUCUCCUCUUAAAUUGUCCAGGAUUCCCACUUCCUUGACUGAAUCUGUGAAUGAAAGAGUAGGAAUGGCACCAGGCUUGUCCAGUAUUGUUGCGUUGGUUCUAUAUGUGAUUCUGUCCCCUUGUGUAUUCGCAGGGGACGACUGCCUGCCGUAUGAUGAUAAGGGCUUACAGAAAUGCAAUAUUGGAUUUUGCUGUGGUGACUGCUACAGCCGAUAUUGUUGUUCAUUUUCUUGGAAUAAGUUUGAUGAAGAUGAACAAGAAAAAUGUAACAACUAUAUUUAUAAAUACAACUUUGUCCAUGGUACAUUACCCAUAGUCGCUGGUUUUGUGGGCUUCAUCGCCAUUGUAUUUAUCUUCAUCUGCUGCUGCUGUUGCCCGUGCUGUUGCAUGUACAAUAUGUGCCGCAAACCACAAUCUGUGAUAGCUGCACCUAUCCAGACCACAGUGGUCACCACCAUUCCUCAGCAGUGCCCCGAGCAGCCCACUGCAGUGCCUGGGCCCUCUCAAUCCUACCCGGGAAUGCCCAUCCAGUCAGUACCAGCUAAGCCCGACUACCCAGCUCAGCCCAUCUAUCCAGCUCAGCCCGUUUACCCAGCUCAGCCCAUCUAUCCAGCUCAGCCCGUUUACCCAGCUCAGCCCAUGCCCACAUCACCCUACCAUGUACAGCCAUUCACACCAGGACCACCACCAUCGUAUCAGGAAGCAACCAAUCCUGCCUACCCUCCACAACCGAUGCCUUACAGUCAGGCUGCGUUCACCUCCAGCCAGCCAACAUACCCUCUGAAGCCUCCGGCCGAGCCCCAGCCCAAUGCUCCACCUGCCAGCUCAGAUCUCCAAGCUCAGCCUCCAUUUAACCCAGAUUUUGUUGCACCACCACCCUAGGACAGAUAGUGGGCAUCGAUGCCCACUAUCUGUCCUAUCUGAUCAGUGUCCUGAUCAGAUAACAUUGUUGAACUUUGCUGAACAGGACGUAUGUACUUUGAAUUAAGAUAAGACACUCCAGAGUAACUUGGUUCAUGUAUUUUGGUGGCUACAAUAAUGGUAUAUCGGUUCUGUUGAAUAGUUUCCAAGUGAAAAUGUUGAUAUUUUUGCAUCGGCCUGCAAUAUGGCAAUAUGAAGUGUACAUAUACACUAAAAUAUUAUUAGUAUUUGUUUGUUUUUUUUAACAGUUUCUAGUGGCUCAGUUUUGAGUUACUUUGUGAAAUUAAACGUGACCCCUGUUUCUCACUACUUUAAAGAGUAGGAGAAUUACUUUUUUUUCCCGUCCUCAUUCCUCAGAAUAUCUGUCUUGCUUUGCAGAACUGUGAAGUGCUUUGAACCUUUUGUCCCUGUACUCUCGUAUUUCCUUGUAAGUGAUGUUAAUGAUACAUCAGAACAAAUUCAAAGAGUGCAACAUUUAUCACUGGAAAGGUAAAUUGAUGGAAAGGAUUCACGUUAUGUCAGUUGACCACCCAUGGUUCCUGAAGACACAAAAUCUACUGAGGUGACUCCUAAAAUAAUGUUUUCAACCUCCAGAACAAAUGAAAAAAAUUCCCUCUGGCAAUUUGAUUUAGGCCUUGUACACAGGGAAGGCUUUCUUUUUUUUUUUAUAAUCAUGCAGACAGAGGAGUUGAAAUUAAGUUGUUUUUAUUUUUUUCUUCAUUUCUCAGGUUCUUAUUUUCCCAUCUUACAACCUCACUUCCAAAAAGUUUGGGGUACUGUACAAAGUAUACAUAAAUACAGGCUAUAGGAGUUUAUCACAACUUGGGUUGAGAGAAUGAGCAUAAACUUAACUACAAUUAAUGAGUUCUAGGAUUAAUAAGAUUAACUCUAGAUUAACCAGACUUCCCAUCUGAACUGUGCUCACUAACCAAUUUGCUAUGAUAUUUUCAGAGUGGCUGCUGAGUCCAUGUAAUGAUUUCCUCUACAGAACUGUGCUCCGUGAUAACAGAUAUUGAAUGUUGUUCCUUUUUAAAAACAAACAAACAAAAAAAAAACCUUUGGCAUUUUGAGUAGAUUUACUCAGAUUAUCUGAAUGUUUAAAUUAUAUUAUGGGAUAUAUAGUGCCUUGAGCUGACUAUUGGGAUUUGCUGCUUUGAAAGAUGAAUUGAACUGCUCUGUGGGUGAUUUAAACUUCUCAGCUUGACAUUGAGACAUUUAAAUUGUUUAUUUGCUAACACAGUCUUUUAUUCCAUUUCCACUUCUAAAACACUCACUAAAGCAAAACACUAGAUGCUCUUUUUAAUAAUAAUGAAAUGCAUUAGUCUUAUAUAGCACUUUUCUAGACACUCAAAGACGCUUUACAAUUUCAUGCAUUAUUCAUUCACACCUCAAUCAUACCUGGUGGUGGUAAGCCACUAAUGUAGCCACACCAAACACACAACCACAUUCACACUUAGGAAAUGUGGGUUAAGUGUCUCGGCCAAUGACAGCAUGUGCUCAGAUGGGGACUCGAACCAGCAACUCCAGUUGCAAGGUGAGCACCUGCCCACUGCGCCACUGCCACCCAUAACUUUUAUAUCUAAUCAUUUCAAUUGUUGCCAGUUAAGGUAACUAGUUGUGAGGAGAUUCCACCAGGUGUCUUUGAAUAUAAUGAUUACAUUUCUUAGAGUCCCAGCUUUGUUGAAAACAGGACUGGCAACUAAGCUGAAAUGCGCUUAAAUGCACUUUAGAUCAUUUUAACAAAACAGAUUAUUUUCUUCAUAAUCAACCAAAAAUUAAGAUGAUGAGCACUUGUUAAAUACAAAAAACAAUUGUACCUCAUGUCACAUUAGACCAAAAGCAUGCAUGUAAUUUAAAAUCCUUUAAAAUAUAUUUCUGUUUAUUCUUUUUAUUCUAUUUAUUUAUUGAUCCACUUGAUUCACAAAAUGUCAUAUUUACUCAACUGUUGCAAUAACGAUUUAUAGUCACUCGAAUGAUCCACAAUAUUUUAUGGUGUGCAGUUUUGUAAAUGCUGCCAUCAAGUCUUAUCUCAGAUGUGAACCUUUUUUUUUUUUUUUUAAUCUUUAGUAUGCUUUCCUGUUGAAGUAGAGGUUUGUAAAUGCAUUAUUUCACUUAAAUUUUCAUUAUGGGAAAAAAGAGCCAUUACUUCUGCUUUCUGCUGACUGAAAUUACUUGAAUAUCUUAUAAAAGUGAUCUUUUUCUUGUGAAUCUGCUGACCCUGGAGAAGUACAGUGUCAACUUGUGAUGGUCUACACCUUCUUUAUCAUCAUUGGGUUUAGACUUUCAGGUUACAGUUUGCAUCAGUUACACCUAUGCAAUGGCUUUUGUUUUCCAUUGAUGUUUGAGACACCAAAUGAUUAAUGAAACUCAUGCAAUAUCAUGUUUUUAAUAAAAAACUUUGCAAUAGA